AUGCAACUGGAGCUGGUAACCCGACUGCGGCAAACAGCCCUGGGUGCCGACCACGAGCGAUUGGACGAGUACGGCGACCAAUUCACGGAAUACUGCGAACGGGCGCAGGAGGUGUGUCGGCUCCUACACCACACCUCCACCACCGAAACCACACAAAUCACGUCCAAACAGUUGGAGCACUCGUUGGAAGUGUACGGCCAGCAGCUGAUAGCCGCGUGUCAUACCCUUGCGGUGCACUCCAAUAGCAAGAUUGCCAAAGAGAACCUGGAUGUUUUUGCCGACGUAUGGCACUUAUUAACCGCCGACCUGGCUCAGUUGGCCCGGGAGGUAUCCGAGUUGGUCAGGGGCUGUCCCCAGUUGGAGAACUCGGUGUAUUUGCCGCAGCAACGAAUGGGCGGACUGAUGGGCGCUCCCGGCCAGAUGGUUGCCCAGGGUAAUCAAAUGAUGGUGAAAUCGACCCAGCCGUUCGGGGCCAGUCACAUGACCAAUCAGAUGGUGUCCGGCGGUGGUCCGGGCGGUGGUUCCCCGGUAGUGAUGGGACCGGGAGGUCAGCAAAUGGUCGGACAACAGGGGUUGGUUAAGGGAAACCCCGGGAAUCCCCGGUAUUCGGACGACGAGCUGAAGGGCGGCGCCGGCGGUGUUAAGUCGGACGACACGGAUAUGGGCACCGAUGAGGGCAAGGGUUACGGUUCGGGCACCGACUCGGAAGAUAACGAUAUCGCCCGUAAGGCCAAAUCGAUGGCAGCGAUGGCCGCGUCCAUGUUUCAGUUCACCAGGGGCGAGGGCGAGCUGAAAACCACCCAGGACCUGUUCACCCAGGCCGAGUUUUUUGCCGACGAGGCCAACAAACUUUAUAAAAUUGUCCGCCAUUUUACCUAUCAGAUACCGUCGGGUCCACACAAGAAAGAGCUCUUGGACAAUUUGGAUAAAGUGCCCGCAAGUGUACAACAAUUACAAUUUGCAGUGAAAAUUGUAACGGUUGGCAAAGCGGCCACUUUUACCAAGGUCGAUAGCGUUGUCCAAAAUGCCAGAAACUUAAUGACCGUGAUCACCCUGGUGGCUAGUAACGUUGCCAAUUGUGCCAAUAAAUCCAACGUGGAUAUACAGGGGGCGCUGCGAACGCGGUCGCGAACGCUGUCGCCAUCGUUACGGUCGGACACCGAGAUGUACUACGAGGGCAGCGGCGGGAUGGGCAUGAAAGGGGGUACGGCUACCUCUGACCCGGAUAUUUGACAGUUCGGAACGGGUCGCCGGGCCCUCAGACCACAGAGCGAAGGGGACGCGCGUCGCACUCGCGUGUCUUUUUUACUCUUUUAGGGUCAAAGUCCAGACGAGAUUAAGCGAUGAGUGG